CGUCCAGGCUCGCGCACACCGGCGAAAAAGCAUAAAUAAGAAAAAAAUUACAGUCCUUUCCGUCUCCCUCUCUCUUCCAAUCCAAAGGAACCAAGAAGCUGUAGGCUUUUCCACUUGGAAUGUCAGAAAUGCUGUAGAAUAAAUACAUUAAUGGCGUCUAAUUGUUCAGGGUUUGGAAAGCAGUCAGGCCCCUCUGUCCCCGCAAAACCCCUUCCCAUUUUCGGAAACUUAACUCCUCCACCUCCAUCCUCUUCUUCUCCUUUUCCCAAUCUUACCCCAACUCCAUUGCCCAGGCAACCUGAAGUUGCAGAGAGAACAACUUCACGUUCUGUGCCUUUUGGGAGCUCCGGUCCUGCUGUCAAACCUUACCUAAGUUCCAGAGUAAGCCGUUCGGAUUCGCUUGUUGAUAAUCACAGUCCCCUAGCUCCACUGAGAAUGGUGUCACCUUCUGCUUUUCAAAGCAAUCAUUCUGUGCAUGCUUUUCACCCUUCUUUUGAUGAAGGUCAACAACCUUUUUUGUCCUCUCCAGCUGGGGAUGAUCAUGCCAAGCUUCUUGGCAAUUAUCCCAAUUUACUUGCUCAUCAAGGUCAGUCCAGAGUCUCACCUAAUCUUGGUUCUUAUGAUUCUGGAAGAAGUUAUUUCGAGCAGGUGCCUAACAUGCAAGGUUCAAAACAAACCAACUCCCCACAUGUGCAGUCAGCAAAUGGACUUACCUGGGAAAACCCACAGUUUACUCCUAAUGACUCUAAAAGAUUCAAUGGUUUUCACAGUUCCGCUGAUUCUCAAGCUCCUCAGAGGUCUGUGCCAUCUGCCAACAGUACUGGUGUUGCUGCUACCAGGUUCACCAGCUCACCUGUUUCAAAAAGAACUAGGUCUCCUCCACAUUCUUCUGGUGAGGGCAUAUCAGGAGACUUGAAUUCCACUCAAUAUGAUAGUGAACGAGAAAUGCAAGCCAAGGCAAAGCGACUGGCUCGUUUCAAGUUUGAAUUGAGUGAAGAUGUGCAAACCAGUCCUGAUGUUGCCGAUCAAAUAAUUUCUACUAAUAGACAUGGACAGUCUGCUGGGGAGAGGCAAAAAAUUGUUGGUGCACCUUCUUUAGAAUCAGAAAAGGAUUAUCCUAAUGAUAAUUCUCCAUCUGAUUAUGAAAGCUUGGAAACAUCCAGUAUAAUUAUUGGUUUAUGUCCAGAUAUGUGUCCUGAGUCAGAAAGGGCAGAACGAGAAAGAAAAGGGGAUCUUGACCAGUUUGAACGCUUGGAUGGGGAUAGAAAUCAAACUAGCAAAUACCUUGCUGUUAAGAAGUAUAAUAGGACAGCAGAGAGGGAAGCCAAUUUAAUACGACCCAUGCCGAUCCUGCAGAAGACGGUUGGUUAUCUGCUUGAUUUGCUAGAUCAGCCUUAUGAUGAAAGGUUUCUUGGCUUGUACAAUUUUCUAUGGGAUAGGAUGCGAGCUAUUCGGAUGGACCUGAGGAUGCAGCAUAUUUUUAACCAAGAAGCUAUUACCAUGCUGGAACAGAUGAUAAGGCUUCACAUAAUGGCCAUGCAUGAGCUAUGUGAAUACACUAAAGGAGAGGGCUUUUCCGAGGGAUUUGAUGCACACCUCAAUAUUGAACAGAUGAAUAAAGCAUCAGUUGAAUUGUUUCAGAUGUAUGAUGAUCAUAGGAAAAAGGGGAUAAGCGUGCCAACAGAAAAAGAAUUUCGAGGUUAUUAUGCACUUCUUAAAUUGGACAAACAUCCUGGGUACAAAGUUGAACCAACAGAACUAUCAUUGGAUCUAGCAAAGAUGACUCCGGAAAUAAGACAAACUCCAGAGGUAUUAUUUGCCCGUGAAGUUGCAAGAGCUUGUAGAAUGGGUAAUUUUCUUGCCUUCUUUCGACUUGCAAGGAAAGCUAGUUAUCUUCAAGCAUGCCUAAUGCAUGCUCAUUUCGCCAAGUUACGAACCCAGGCACUUGCCGCCUUACACUCCGGUCUACUGAAUAGCCAAGGUCUGCCUGUUGCCCAUGUAGGCAGGUGGCUUGGUAUGGAGGAUGAGGACAUAGAAAGCCUUUUAGAGUACCAUGGGUUUCUGAUAAAGGAAUAUGAGGAGCCAUAUAUGGUAAAGGAAGGCCAAUUUCUUAAUAGUGAUAGUGAUUAUCCUACCAAGUGUUCAAAACUUGUCCACAUGAAAAGGUCAAAAUCGAUGGUUGAGGAUAUUUUGGCUUCUACUCAAGCUAUAUCCUUGCCUACUGAAGCUAAAAAAGAAAUUCAGUUGGAUAAGAUCUUGAAGCAUGACACAACAGCUAUUUCUUCUGUUGGAAGGAAAAUUUCAGUCUCUGCAGUUGAUGAAGAAAUGCCUGAUUCUGCAAUCAUUUCAUCCCCCAAAAUUACCAGACCAGUGCCGCCCUUAAUUGAGACAUUGAUGGUUGAUCGACAAGGUCAAGAUGGCCACAAGGUGACUACCACCUGUACUUCACCUCGGAGUUUGUCUGUAGCUCAUACUUCCCCUAAACCCCAGCCAGCUAGAAAUGUAUCUGAGGGGAAACGAGGCAAUGAUUCUCUUUUCAGAAUGUCUCCAGAGAAUAAGAUUGCUUUUGGCACAGAAGUUUUUCCUAUCCAAAUUGUGUCAAGAACGUCUCAGCGAUAUAGAUCCCCCAGUUUUAGGAGAUAUGAUUGUUCUGUAGAGAAUACAUUGCCUCAAAUUGUAGCUGUUAAUAACUUAGAAGGUGAAGAACCUUCCGUUGCUCAUCAAGAAAAGGAGAAGGAUGAAGAUAUGAUAAGUGAAAAUGAUGAAGCUAUGGAAAAUGAAAAAUAUGAAGUUAUGGCUAGUCAUUUAGAGGAAGCUGCUGCAGCUAAACUCAAGCUAAUCUUAAGGUUGUGGAGGCGUCGUUGUUCAAAGCAAAAGGAGUUGCAUAAGCAAAGGAAGCUAGCUGUGAAUGCUGCACUAAAUUCAUUGUCACUGGGACCACCAAUUCAAAAUAACAAAGUUCAACCAUUCACUCGUGGUGAGUUUGAUAUUGAUCAUGUCAUGGAGGAGAGAUGUGAGAAACAUGAACGGUCGUGGUCAAAGCUGAAUGUUUCAGAUGUGAUAGCAGGUAUACUUGGCAGAAGAAACCGAGAUGCUAAGUUUCUGUGUUGGAAAAUUAUUGUAUGCUCUCAGGACAGUCAAGGGGAGGAACACACACUGAGAAGCCAUGUUUCCCAUUUUGCAGCAGUGUCAUGGUUGUUUUCGAAGCUUAUGCCUCCAAGAAAUGACAAUGAUGAUGAUCUGGUAGUUUCAUCUCCUGGCCUUUCAAUAUGGAAGAAGUGGCUUCCUAGCCAAUCUGUUUCUGAUUUGACCUGCUGCUUUUCAGUUGUUAAAGAGGCAAAAAUUAACCAUCCAAAUGAUGCUGUAUGUGGUGCAAGUGCAGUUCUGUUUCUUGUAUCUGAAAGCAUCCCGUGGAAGCUUCAAAAAAUUCAACUUAAUAAUCUUCUGACGUCAAUACCUUCCAGUUCCUGCCUUCCUCUUCUGAUCCUUAGUAGCUCAUAUAAUGAUGAGGUUUUAGAUCCUUCUGCUGUUAUAGUCAAUGGAUUGGGCCUCCAUGACAUUGACAAGUCAAGGGUGAAGAGUUUUACGGUUAAAUUCCUUGUUGGCAACCAUCAAAUGGGUUACUUGGAUGGAUUUUUCAGUGACAAGCAACUAAGGGAAGGACUAGAGUGGCUGGCAAAUGAGUCACCUGUACAACCUGUUGUUCAUUGUGUUAAAACACGUGAACUCAUCCUGACUCACUUGGGUUCUGCACUGGAGAUGCUUAACAAGUUAAGUGAUUAUCAAGUGAGUCCAAACCACUGUGUAUCAGCUUUCAAUGAAGCCUUGGAUCAGUCGUGGGAGGAAAUUGUGGCUGCUGCCAAAGCAAAUCCUUCCAAUUGGCCCUGUCCCGAGAUUGCAAUGGUGGUGAAUUCUGAUGAUGAAUAUUUCAUGCAGAAUUGUUGUGUGCCACCCUUAGGAUGGAGCUCUGCUGCAAGAAUAGAAUCACUUAAGUGUUCAUUACAGAACUUAAAACUUCCAGCUUUUCCUGAUGAUAUAUACUGGUUGAGCAGAGGUUCUAACAUGGGCAAGGAGAUUGAGAUUCAGAGAUCACAACUUGAAAAUUGUUUGAUUAGAUAUUUGACGCAAUCAUGCGACUUGAUGGGCAUUCGACUUGCAACAAAAGAGGCAUUCGUAAUGCUACAAAGAAGCACAAGGCUUGAGCUGCAAAACCUGACCUACUACAUGGUUCCAAACUGGGUUGUGAUUUUCCGGCGGAUUUUUAAUUGGAGAUUAAUGAGUUUAACCAAUGGGGUCUUAUCUCCAGUUUAUGUUCUGGAGGAGCAUUUUGCUGCUUCAGCUUCAUAUAAUCUUGAUAAGUUAGGACUCAAAGGUACUCUAUCUUUGUCCCCGUAUAGCUUAAGUAAUCUAUCUUUAGAUGAAGUACUGGAUGUUGGCUUCAGCUCACUUUUGACCCAGAGGACUCACUUUCAGCCAGAAGCUCACCGACAUCUACCAGCGAUAGCGUCAAAUGGUGAAGUACAAGAACCUCACUCUCAGCUAGAAGUUCACCGGCAUCUAUUAGCAAUAGCGGCAAAUGGUGAAGUUCAAGAACCUCACUCUCAGCCAGAAGUUCAUCGGCAUCUAUUAGCAGUAGCGUCAAAUGGUGAAGUACAAGAACCUCUGUCACAGCCAGAAGUUCAUCGGCAUCUACUAGCAAUACCAUCAAACGGUGAAGUUCAAGAACCUGCUGAAAUAAUUAACUUAGAAGAGGAUGAAAAAAAUUCCUCACUGAACGAUAAAUUUGUCGUGGCAGAUAAUGUUUUCAACACUAACAGAAAAUCAGACCAGACAGCCAGUGAAAUAACGUUGCCCAGAAAUGUGAUGAGGGAAGCCGAAAAUUUAAGCAAUUUGCUUGAGCGAUGCUACUUUGUGCAGAACACAAAUGAGAAGAAGCUGUCUGUUUUUUUCUGAUAUGGUAAUUGUUCUGUGCAAGAAUUUUGUAUAGUUGAGAUAUAAAUUUUACAAGAAAAGAGAGUGUAUUUAUUUGUAACAUUAUUCCUAGGGUGGAUUCGAAUGGAGCCCAGCCUAAAUAAGUGUAUGUUGGAGCUCGAUUUAAAUCCAAAAUGAUUAGCGCAAAGUUGAGUUAGGUUUGUUUGAAUGGGGGCAUAUCUUGUGACAGGACAGAAUAGUAGGCAAAAAUAUUUAUAAAUUUUUCAUGUUUAGUUCAA